CCGGCCCCUUUGUUGUUUGCAGCGGGGCCAUGGCCGGUCCCGGGGGCGCCGCACGGGGGCUGCUCCGGCCCUGCAGCCCGCGGGGCAGCGCGGAGCCCCCACCAGAGCGUUCGGCCCCUCUGCCAGACGAGGGAGAAGCCGCCAAAGCCGAGGAGCAGCGGCAAAGCGAGGAGCUGCUGAAACAGACGGCAGCCGAGAGGCGGAAGAUCGUCUGGGAGUGGCAGGAGCUGCGAGGGUUUCUGGAGGAGCAGGAGCAGUGGCUGCUGUCCCGGCUGGAAGAGCUCGAGAGAGCCAUUGCCCAGAGAAGGGAUGAGGGCGUCUGCAGCCUGUCCUGGGAGAUUUCCCUGCUCAGCGAGAGGCGAGGAGACGAGGGGCAGCAGCCGCCGAGCCAACCCCUGCAGGGUGCUGGGAGCCCUGGGAGCAGCAGGGAGGACGGGGCGUUUCCGAAGCGGGAGCCGGGGUUUGCGGAGCUGGAGAAGAGACUUGUCAAUUUCUCUUUGCAAAGCGCCCAUCUUCAGGAGGUGCUGCUGGGAUUCAAAGAGACGCUGCGACUGGAGCUGGGGAGCGACACAGCGUUUUAGAAUUUAUUGUUAUGACCGGUAUGAAGAUAAAACAAGCAACUACUCCUUUGAAUUUGUACAUAAUAUGAAAGUUGACCCAUUCGUUUUUAUAGCUGAUUUUAAGGCUAACAAUACAGCAACCAUUUCAGGAUACUGGCUGGUGACAGAAUUUAGUUUAAUUUUAGAGAUUUAGAAAUAUAUAUAUUUUUAUAUUUGCACCAGAAUGCUGGCUCUUGUUUUGAAGGAAGGAAGGAAUAGCAUAUUUAUAUAUGCAAAGGGAAAAUUGACACAAACAUUUACUUUAUAAGAUUGUUAUUGCCACUUUUGUGGACAAAUAAUGAUGACUUUUUCGUUAAUUAUUUUCUCAAGAUUAGUGUCCUGACAUUGAUGUAGUUGGGUUAAUUUUUUUGCUUUUAAGAAUGUUUAUUUUUAACACUUAUUUUUUACUUUUUAUUUUAUUGCUGGAAUUUAAGAGGUUACAUUGGCACUUGACACUUUACUUGUUUUUUAUUUGUUUAGAUUUUUGGUUUAGAUUGUAGGUUUCGAUUUUUUUAAUUUGUUUUGUUUAGAUUUUGAAAGAAUGGUGGUUGGCUUGAAUAAUAACAUUUUAAUUAAUGAUGUCAUUGAAAGGUCAUAGACCUUAAAUUGUUACUAGUACUUUUUAUAGUUUGAGGGGUGUUUUAACAGUACUUAAUUGUUUGUUUACAUAAGCAGCAACUUGGGGUUUUGAGUUUAUUUUUUGUGUUCUAUCCAUGCAAUUUUUAAGUUCAUUUUUUUUGCCUUUUUGAGGGUAAAUUAAGCAAAAGGUUUGAGUUAAUCUUGUUUUUAAUUGUUGUAUGGCCUGAUUUUUGUGCAGGUCCCCAGUCCCAAUCCUGACGUACUUGUAGUAAUUUAGGGAGAGGUCUGGUAAUUUUUUGCAUAUGCUGGGAUGAAUUCCCUGCAGGAACUGUAGAUCCCCAGAAAACUACAGAUUUCUCACACAUUGGAGUGGGGGUUUACAUUAAUUAGAGUUUGCACUUUAUGUACUUGGGGUCUUAGACCCUAAGCAAAUUUUAAAGCCAGAAUACCUCACCCUUUUUUUGGAUCAUUGACCUUUUCCCCCAGCACUUUUACGUGUUUUAGCAGAUAUUUGUUGUUUUUUACAUGCUUUUUUAAGGUUGAACUAAACAUUAAAACAGUAUUUACAUAAGUAGUUAUGCCUUUUUCUCUGUCUCUUUUUCACACACACAAUUCAGUCUGGUUUUGGAAAACAAUUACUUUUGAAUUUUUUUAAAAUUCUUUUUGUAAGAUUGAACUUUUAGCAAUUUUGUUAAGUUUUUCACUUGUGAGAAAUUAUGGGCCGCUUUUGGGAGAGGAUUUUUUUGAUUGUUGAACUGGUAUUGUAUGAAAAUUAAACAGGAUUUCAUUGUUGUUUUUUUUAAUCUAACAUUAAUUUUUGCUGUUUAAUUAGCAAGGCCUGGGGAGAUUUUUUGAAUAAGUCAAACUGAAAGUAAGGUUCAAGAUAACAGCUUCUCUAAUAAAAUUUUCAGGGUUUAGUUUUGGGAUUAUACCAAUUGUGGUGACUGAUGGGACAAAGUUUUGUAAUUUCCAUGUGGAAGAAAACACUGUAUCAAUUAAAUUUUGCAGGACGUUUACAGUGGAUUAUGCCCUACAACAAAAGCAUUGCCCUCCUUAGAAUUUAAGAGAUGGACAUUUUAAACUAAUAUUAAGCUAAUUUCCCGGAAAUUUUGAGUGUUCUGGAAAUACCUCCUCGGGCAGUGGUUCCCAAACUUUAACAACCUGUGAACCCCUUUCACUAAAAUGUCAAGUCUCACGAACCC